GCUUAAAGAGCUCAGGGGGCCCUUAAAGGGUUUGGGGAGCGCUUAAGGGGCUCGGGGAGCUGGGGGAGGGGUCAUGGAGCUCCCCGGCUUCGUGCAGCCCCCUCAGCUGUCCGGGGAGCGGCCGCCCCCAGCCCCGCCGCCGGCCGAGCGGGCGCUGCGCCAGCCCGGGCCGCUCACCCCCGAGGGUCCCGGGGCUCUCGGUGAGCUGGGGGCGCUCCUGGAGGCCGCGGGCAGCCGCCGGCUGUUCGGGGACGUGAGCCCCGCCACGCUGGGCGAGCUGGUGGCCUCGCUGAGCCGCUUCGCGGCGCCUCCCGAGCAGCAGCAGGAGGCUGCCGAGCUGCCCGGCAAGGACAGUGCGUACGAGGCUGUCGCUGAGCGAGCAGCAGAGGUGGGCGCCGUGCUCCUGCGCCUCCUCGCCAAGCUGGAGGCUGCUAGGACUGAGGAGACUCUGGGUGACGCCGCGGUGGUUCCGAUCCUGCGCCGUGUGGCAGCGCCCGUCUAUGUUUUCGCUGUAACGCACGUUGUGGAUGGGCCCUGGACGAGUGCGAGGUCUCGGUCGGUGGCCAGGGAGCUGCUGGAGUCACUGGUUCAGGCUGCGGACUGCGGGUCGGUGGCGGAAUUUCUGCGGGGGAAGAAGGAGGAUGAGGAGGGGAGAUUCACAGCGGUGAUGGGGCUCCUGAAGCAGGAAUUGACCAAAGACACUUGGAAGCGUAACCCUGCCAUGAAGCACGUCUUCUCCUGGACGCUGCCUCACAUCACGCGUCCCUGGCUCAGCCACUACCUGGAGAGCGUCCUCCCCCCGUCACUGCUCAUCUCGGACGAUUACCGUGAGGAGAACAAGAUCCUGGGUGUGCGCUGCCUGCAUCACAUCGUUCUCAACGUGCCAGGUGCUGAUCUGUGCCAGUUCAACAGGGCUCACGUCGUGUACCACGCCCUCUACAACCACCUCUACUCACGAGAGGCCCCCCUCAUCCAGGCAGUGCUGCUGUGCCUGCUGGACUUGCUGCCGGUCCUGGAGAGAGCGCAGCGGCGGCAGCAGGCCAGAGCUCCCACCCGCUGCGACGAGGUGCUGCAGCUGCUCCUGACCCACAUGGAGGCAGAGCACCGCCUGGCGCUGCGGCGCCUGUACGCCAACACCCUGCCUGCCUUUGUGCAGAGGCUUGGCAUCCUGGUGGCGCGGCACCUGAAGAGGCUGGAGCGAGUGAUCGUGGGCUACCUGGAGGUCUGCGAUGGCCCCGAGGAGGAAGCCAGGCUGGGAAUCCUGGAGACACUGAAAUGCACCAUAGAGCACGCUUGGCCCAGGAUGCCAUGCAGGCUCCCUGUGCUCCUUAAGGCGCUGCUGAGGAUGAUGUGGGAUGUCCACACUGACCAAGGCCCAACGCCGGAGCCAGUGAAAGCUGCCCUGCUGCAGGGGGCCACCGAGUGCCUCAUCCUGCUGGAUCGGUGCUCCGAGGGGCAGGUGAAGAUCCUGCUGGAGGGCGUUUACAGCAGCUGCGAGGAGAGCUGCGUGCGGGACUGCCUCAGGAAAGUACGAGAGAACACGUGAGCACGGCCGAUCCGGUGCUCACCGGCUUUGUACAGUAAAAUAUUUUAUUUAUUUUAA